CCCCUCCAACGAUCCCAUCAGCCCCCCCCGGCCUAUCCUCGCCAUGAUCCGGUUCACGUUGAUUGCCCGGGCCUCGGACGCCCUGCCCCUGGUGGCGACUAUGGAAUCGCAGGCCGACGAGCUGCUCAUCGAGACCCACAAGAAGUGGGCCAAGCAGCUCAUCCAUCGCAUCUCGCCCCUGGAUAACUCCUCGGUUGUGCACUCGAGCUCCCUGCCCUCGAAAGGAUCCGUCGCCGCCGGCCAGUUCACCUUCCACUACAUCUGCGAAGAUGGCAUCGUGUUCAUCUGCAUCGCCGACAAGGCUUACCCUCGUCUGCUGGCCUUUGCGUACCUGUGCGAGACCAUCAAGUCGUUCCUGGACUCGGCCUCGGCACUGCCCUCGAACCACGGCUUGACUCCCGAACAGAUGAUUGCCCAAGUCGUGCGGCCCUAUGCCUUCAUCAAGUUUGAGCCCUUGCUCCAGUCGAUAAAGCAGCGGUAUCUCAACUCCCGGCAGCUCAAGACCCAGGAAGAUCUGGUGGACCUGUCGUCUCGGUUACAGGGCAUCGGCAUCUUCCAGGCGGCCGACGUUCUGGGCGAGGAGUACCUGCUCUAUGGAGGUUCAGCCUCCCCUUUUGGCUCGUUUUCGUCGCUGAACGUGGCCGCGGUCAAAGCCGCCAAGGAUGUCGUCGCGACGGCCCGCAACCUGGUCGAAGAAAAGCUGGACAUCUCGGGGGUGUCGUCGGCGGAGCGCAAGUGGUGGGUGGGGCCCAUGAUCUCGCUCUGCAUGAUCACCUUCCUGACGGAUCUCGGAUACCUCUGGCUGGAAUACGCCUACUUUGUCCACAAAGACAUGACCGGCUUCUCAGUAUUGCCCAUCGGCCAGAAACCAUGGAUUGCACACAUCCUCACCCUCUUUGUCGGCCUCAUGGCACCGCUGCUGAUCGUGCAGGCGUACAUGCUCAACAAAACCAACGCCUACUCUGCGUUCUCGAUCCGGCUCAUCAAGUUCAUCACCGGCCACGCCAUCCUCGUGCUGGUGCAGCUCACGCACUCGGUCCUUUGCGUCUUUUACGACUCGGUCGUCUUCACGGCCCUCUUCCUGAUGUCCCGACCCCCGAGAUCGUUCGACCCGUGGCACAUUCCCGUGGCCUUCUUUGCGGUCAAGCUCGGGUGGGCCCUCUCGGUGCUGUCCAUCGUUGGCUUUGGCACCGUUUGGCGGCUCUGGACCGGCCAGUCAGGCUAUGGAAAGCGGCUGGGACAUCGCGAUUAAAUAUACAUAUGAAAUUGGCGGAAUCGCAACGACA